UGAACCUCGUAUUUAAAUCCGCAUUCAGCGUUUUCCCACAGUAAAAUUUCCGUUGACAGUAUUUCCGGUUCCGCCCAACCGUUGCUACUGAAGUUACCGUCAUUACCAAAUGGGCAGCGCCCGGGCUCAACCUAUCGCUGCUGCGGACCAUGACCCACCGGUAACUUCCUAACUUUACAACAAAAGCAGAUCUACUGGUGAGAAACUGGAAUGGAUGGCUGCGGUCCACAUGUAGAGUAACGGCAAGCGGCAGGGCCAUGUUGCCAGGAGUUGGUGUUUUUGGCACUGGGAGCACAGCCCGAGUGCUGGUCCCGCUGCUGCAAGCUGAGGGCUUUGAAGUCCAUGCGCUUUGGGGACGAAGCGAAGAGGAAGCUUGCUGCUUGGCAAAGGAACUCUGCAUCCCGUUUCACACCAGCCGAUCCGACGACGUCCUCCUGCACCAAGACGUCGAUCUGGUGUGCAUCUAUAUUCCCCCCUCAAUGACGAGACAAAUUGCAGUCAAAGCACUGGGUAUUGGUAAGAAUGUCGUGUGUGAGAAAGCUGCAACCGCUGUUGACUCUUUCAAGAUGGUGACUGCAGCCAGAUACUACCCCCAGCUGCUGAGCAUGAUGGGUAACACCCUGCGCUUCCUGCCGGCCUUUGUGGCGAUGCGACAGCGGCUGGUGGAGGGCUACGUCGGGGACAUCCAGGUGUGUGACGUGCGGGUCUACGGCCCGAGCCUCCUGGACCAGUCUUAUGGCUGGACCUGCGAGGAGCUGAUGGGCGGCGGCGGGUUGCACAUCGUGGGUUCCGCCAUUAUCGACCUGCUGAGUUACCUCACGGGAACCAGAGCUCACCGCGUGCACGGCUUACUGCGGACCUUUGUGCAACAGAACAACCUGAUCCGAGGCAUCCGCCGCGUCACCAGCGACGACUUCUGUUUCUUCCAAAUGUUGAUGGGUGGAACCGGAUCCUCGGGCGUGUGCUGCACCGUGACCUUGAACUUCAACAUGCCGGGGUCGUUCGUGCACGAGGUCAUGAUUGUCGGAUCUGCUGGCAGGUUGGUCGCCAGGGGAACGGAGCUGUACGGCCAACGCAACGGGAGCAAAUGCGAAGAGCUGCUGCUGGCCGACGGCGGUGGCGUCGGACCGGAGGCGAAAGAUAUGCCCCGCCCUCACCUGCAGGGGCUGAGCUCCAUGGUGAAGGCGCUGAGACAGUCCUUCCAGGCGCACGAAGAGCGGCGGUCAUGGUCACGAGGUCCGGUUGCCUCGGCGCCAACCUUCGAAGACGGCCUGUACGUGCAGACGGUGGUGGAGGCGGUGAAACAGUCCAGCAGCAGCGGGGAGUGGGUCUGCGUGGAGAUCAUGAGUCAGGAGCCCGACCCCAACCACAACCUGUGCGAGGCGCUGCAGAGAAACAAAAACUGAACCGAAACAUUCACUGAGUGCAAAAACUACAUGCGUGACAGAAUGGGACUCUGAACGUCUCUUUGUGAUGCAGCCGCUUUGGCCGUUUACAGCACACACACACACACACACGACUACUUUCUUCCACAUGUUCACUUCCUCUCAGGUUUUGCAGAUUAAUAUUUAGUGGACACAGACACAGCCUCAUUGUGCGCCUGGAGGAAGUGGAGUACUCCAAAUGUACUCCAUUAGUUAUUUGGGUUCAGACCAGUAGAAAUACACACAGCCUCGUGACAAACGUGCCAAUAAUCCUGUAGAUGCUGUCUGCAUUUAGCUCAUUUUAAAGUUGAGAAGUAGGGAAUGUAUUUUUCUUGGUUUGUAAAUUGUUUUGUGCCUGUAAGGCACAACGACUACAUUUAAUACUGGGUUUUUGCACGUUACAGAAUAAUAUAUGUUCUUAAUUUGUGCAACAAAGUCUGUCGCAAAGUAUUUUCACUCAAGUUUUGUAUUUAAAUUAAGACAAGUUGAACCGUUUUGUACUUAAAAUCAAAAUUAUUGUUUGACUAAACAUUGGUUAUAUCACUACUUGGAGGUCAAUAUUAUAUUCAUCACAGUUUACUUUAAGUUUAUAUAUGAAGCAAGAGGAUAAUUUGACUAAUAAGGUGCUUUUUAUAAUUUACCUCUGAUAGUUAAAUAAGAUCAGAACAGAAAUAAUAUUGCUGUGGGACGUUUACAUUUAGUUUUGUUUAAUUUUAGCUCUAGUAAUUUUGGUUAAAGUGACUAAUGUAGCAACAAAUACUGAUAAAAUAGCUAAUAACUUCACAAUUUUGAACAUUUUAAAUGUAACAAAGCUAUAAACAUAAUAAUUUACAAACAUUAUAAGGAAGUAUUUGAACAAAUAAUCUUUAGCCAAUGAUGUGAAAAGAAAUAUCCCUCCAAACAUUAAAUAAAACAUUGAAAUAUCUAAGAACAUGAAAUGGAGAUUAUAUAAGAAGGUUUUAAAAUUAUUUCUCAUUACAUAGAAAGUGCAGUCCAAUGUGUUUCUGUCAGGUUUAAACCCCUAACAUUAGUAAAACACUACCUGGAAGGAAAGACAGAACACAUCAGUUAAGUGCCCCAGAGACGUACAUCAGUUACAAUCUCCAACACACUCUGAGUACGUCUUGGCUCUCAACGCCUUUUAUUUCCUUAGAUCACCCUGGUUACACAAGGACACUGUAGCUCUAAAAAGGCGUUGGGUAAACAAUUCAUCACACAGCUACAGUGCCAGUUCUCAAUUCCCAACUAAGUGUUAGAUACAAAUACAAAGACCAGGAGAAUACAAUGCCCCUGGGAUCGAUUUGUGUUUCUUUUAUCUUUGAAGCGAUGAUUCUGUCAACUGGGAUGGCCAGAGCAACAUCCAGCCUGAUAGGAAGAAUGUUUCGUUUCCAUACAACCCAAAGUCUCAGGAACUGAACUUUAUGACCCCAGGGACAACAAACAAACUGCAACCUCAUGAGAUGCAAAGACAGUACUUUGAUAAUGUAUAUUGUGAUUGCCUCUUCUUCUAUGUAACACAAUUAUCUUGUACGUGAUAAUCUUGUUCCAGACAUCAAACAGAAUAAGUAGUCAAUCUUCACAGUAACAGUUUUACAGCAUUCCAACAUACAUAGUAAGAAAAACAAUACAUGGGAUAACUUGCAUACAAUUAUUCCAACAGUUUCCUUAAUAAAUACUUAAAUAUAAGUCCUCUGAUAUUUGAUGAGCAGAACACCAAAGUUUCUAAUAACUUGAUUUAUAGUUGUUAUUAAAUUACAUCAGCUACAGAUAUUGCUAUAUAAUCUAUUAUAUUAUUGGUGAAAACUUUAGGAUAUUAUUGACUUAAUUGCUGUUGGUUUAUUGUUGUUACAUUAGAAAUGGUCAAAAUGAUUCACAUUAUUGAUUGCUACAAGUAACCUAACCAGAUUAACAAAUAAUAGUAGGCUGUUUUGUUUUUAUUAUUUUUGUUCUGUUACAACACGCCAUGGCAAGAAUACCAGGGACUGAGUAAAAUAAGCUAUGUAGGGAACGCAAAUAUCUCGUUUGUAGCAACGCCCCCCUGAAAGCGACCAGGUAAGUUUGAAUGUUUGUUUUGAGCGACUCGCUGUAAAUAAGCCAGAGUUUUGGUUUCACGUGCUGCAUUUCCAUUCUUUUAAAAGACAUGUCCUUCAUUUAGAUGAGACCACAGUUAUUGUUGUAAUGAAAUGUGUUUUGGUAAUAAUUUGGAUUUUCUUAAAUUACUCUUGACAACAUCGGGAAAAAUCUGCCUACAAUCUUCUUAUCUAUCAAAACUAACAGAAAGAAUGAAGCCAUAACAUUUAGGUUUACCCGGAGAUUUAAACAUUUACAACUUAUUUUAAAGAUGCAAACUUAUGUUUACACUGUUUUCUUUAACAAAAAAAGUAAUAUUACAAAUUUACUAAAUUAAAACGUGGUCCAGUGCGAGUGGGUCCAAACCGCCACAUAGCAGCUGCCGCUUUGUUACAGUCAAAGCUCCAGUUAAAUGGGAAUCAGGGGAAAGAGUAUUUGAUGUUAUUUAACCUGUCCAAUUUUGAUCUGCUAGUGUAGAUCUUAAUAUAUUUGUUGCAUCUCAUUUUAAUGUAGUUUACAUUAAUUUCUUUAGAAAAUGUUUUUGCUGAACCCACCACUGCUUAAAUGCAUUCCAGCUGUUUUAUUUUUUUAAUCACCUUGUCAGCAACUUUUCUUUGUCUUCACACUGAUAAAAUGCCGCCUGUCUACUAAAUGAUUUAGUGCUUGCACCAGCCAGCUUGCUGCAAAUGUGACUUCAACAUUUAUUAAAAACUUUUGUGUUUAUUUAUUAUUCCUUGUAGAAAGUUUGACGAGUUUGUCCACUGUUAUUCAACCUGUGAAUUUCUGUUUUGAUGCUGUAAUAUUUAUACAUCUUAUUUUUAUUUUUUUAAUUUCUUUUGUUGUUAUUUUUUUAGAUUUAGUCUUGUUUUAACUAAUAUGGCAUUUUGGGCACUAAUUUGCUGCUUCAGAGUUGAUAAACUGUACUGUUAAUCUGUGUGACAGAUAUUUUUCUUUUAAUAAAUAUAAUUGUUUUAAUUUAAAGGCCAUUUUCUGACCUAGUGUAUCAUUUCUCUUGUUUAUAGCAAGACAAAUUAAAACAGGUUGCACUAUCUUGAGAGUUUUAGCUUGGUGCUAAAUAAAUCAUCCAUUUAAUGUAUUUUCUUCUUUGCAUCUUUCCUGUUUCUGUUUUGUUCGUUAGGAAUGUUGCUCAUUCUGCCUUUUUAUAUCAGGACUUCAUAAGUUGACAUGUCGACUAAUAGUCUUUGUAUAGAAGAAAAAAUG